AUGACUGCGUGGGACGGAGUGAUGCCCUUUUACCCCCAACCCAGGCACGCCGCGGGCUUCAGCGUCCCGCUGCUCAUUGUCAUCCUGGUAUUCUUGUGCUUAGCGGUCAGCUUCCUGCUCAUCUUGCCUGGGAUUCGUGGCCACUCGCGCUGGUUCUGGUUGGUGAGAGUUCUCCUUAGUCUGUUCAUCGGUGCAGAAAUUGUGGCUGUGCACUUCAGCGGAGACUGGUUCGUGGGAGGAGUGUGGACCAACACAUCCUACAAAGCCUUCAGUACAGCCCGUGUUCAAGUCCACGUCGGUCUGCAUGUGGGACUGGUGGGCGUCAAUAUUACACUCAGAGGAACACCCGUGCAGCAGUUGAAUGAGACCAUUAACUACAAUGAGCGGUUCACUUGGCGUCUGGACGAAGACUACACCAAGGAGUACGCUGAUGCCCUGGAGAAGGGACUGCCGGACCCAGUGCUAUACCUGGCAGAGAAGUUUACACCCAACAGCCCUUGCGGGCUGUACCACCAGUAUCACCUGGCAGGACACUAUGCUGCAGCAACGCUGUGGGUGGCGUUCUGUUUCUGGAUCAUCGCCAACGCGCUGCUGUCCAUGCCCGCCCCGCUCUACGGCGGCCUGGCCCUGCUCAGCACCAGCGCCUUCACGCUCUUUGGCGUCUUCGCCUUCGCCUCGAUCUCCAGCGUGCCACUCUGCCCCUUCCGCCUGGGUUCCGCCGCCCUCACGCCUCACUACGGCGCCUCCUUUUGGGUCACGCUGGCCACCGGCAUCCUAAGCCUCCUCCUCGGAGCGGCGGUGGUGAUUCUCCACUACACUUGGCCCAGUGCUCUUCGCUCCUUUCUGGAUCAAAGUGACAAAGACUGUAGCAGUCAGGCGAAAGGGAAAUCGCUUCUCAUCUUGGACAACCCGCAACACAAGCAGUUCGAGAACCCAGAUUUAAAUAUUACCACUGUCCUGUGAAGAGAACUAACUCCGGAUUCCUACCUCCUUGGGAUCCCGCAGACCUG